AGGCCCGGGGGUGCCAGCAGGCUCCGGCCCUCCAGCUCCGUCCCUGCCACUGGCCCCGGGCCCGGCACCGCCCGGGUCCGCGCCGGGGCCUCUGGCUCCGCCUCCACACGGGCCCGCGCGCCGGCCCCCGCCCCCAACUCCGCCCCAAGCCCCAGCUCGGGCCCAGCCCCAGCGAGCACGGCGCGCGCCUCCGGCUACUGUGGCUGCGCGCUGGCCUGAAGGCUGACCUGGAGGCUCAUCUGGAGGCCGAGCUGGCCCGGCAGGCCUUGCGCGGGCAACAUGGCGGCGCCCGGCGAGCGGGGCAGCUUCCACGGCCGGAAUCUCUUCUUCCUGCCGGGAGGCGCGCGCUCCGAGGUGAUGGACGACCUGGCGACCGACGCGCGGGGCCGGGGCGCGGGGCGGAGAGACGCGGCCGCCUCGGCCCCGACGCCAGCCCAGGCGCCGACCUCCGAGUCUCCGGUCGCCGAGGAUGCCUCCCGGAGGCGGCCGUGCCGGGCCUGCGUGGACUUCAAGACGUGGAUGCGGACGCAGCAGAAGCGGGACUCCAAGUUUAGGGAGGACUGCCCGCCGGAUCGCGAGGAACUGGGCCGCCACAGCUGGGCUCUUCUCCACACCCUGGCCGCCUACUACCCCGACCUGCCCACUCCAGAACAGCAGCAAGACAUGGCCCACUUCAUACAUUUAUUUUCAAAGUUUUACCCCUGUGAGGAGUGUGCUGAAGACCUAAGGAAAAGGCUGUUCAGGAACCAGCCAGACACCCGCACUCGGGCAUGCUUCACGCAGUGGCUGUGCCACCUGCACAAUGAAGUGAACCGCAAGCUGGGCAAGCCUGACUUCGACUGCUCAAAAGUGGAUGAGCGCUGGCGCGACGGCUGGAAGGAUGGCUCCUGUGACUAGAGGGUGGUCAGCCAGAGCCCAUGGGACAGGCUAGCCAGGCGCCUAUGGAGUGGCCUGGUUGGAGAGGGGCAGGGCACUCAUUAAAGUGCAUCAGAGCCAGAGCCUGUUGUGUCUCAGUUGGGUGGUCCCCAGGACACUGCCCGUAGGGAACUGCCCUGCCCCUGUUAGGUUUGGAGCAGAAGUGGAGGUGCACACAGCAGGCACCCACUGGCCUCCUCCUCAGUGGAGGCCCCAAGGAGCUGCAGCUGAACUGCAGGUGAGGGAGGCAGGAGCAGCCUGGGCUGCCCCUUGGUAUUCAGGAUGUGGCUUCCUGCCCACCGCAUACCCUGGCGCCUCGCUCGUCACACAGGAAGACAGCAGGCCUGGCUGGGCAUCCCUGUGCCUGUCCCUGGAGGCCAGGCCAUUGCCUUCCCACUCUGCAGCAAGGGAUGCCCCUGCCCCCGAUGGCUCUGUGCUGCUCACUUUAGGGGGCUCAGUUCUCCACUCUGCUCAGUCCCUACAGGGAAAGCUCAGGCAGGGUCUUUCUGAGGGUCCGCCAGCCGUCCUGCCCUCUCCCUGCCUGGCACAUGCCUGCCAGCGUUGUACCAUGCCUGUCCACAGGGGAUUCGUGGGGCCCGCUUCCUCAGAGUCUGAAGCCCAAAUGAAACGUUGAAGUGACCGAG